AUGCAGCGGCUUGAGUGUCACGUGAAGAAGUAUAACUGGGGGAAACGAGGCACCGAGAGCGAAGUGGCGCGGCUGUUCGCCGCCGGGCACAAGAAUUUUGAAGUGGACGAGGAUGAGACCUACGCUGAGGAACAGGCUGUUCGGUUACACGAGCGUGAUCCUAUUCACUACCCAGACCGACACCACAAGCCAGAGCUCGCAUAUGCACUCACACAGGAAAUGAUGGAAAGAACUCGACGUCAUCCGGCUCUCGUUAGCGAGUACGUCGAUGAACUGAUUGAAUGCCUAGAUAAUGGAGUGCGUGGUUGUCUGAGCGAAGCUACCGUUAAAGUGAUUCAAAAGAUGUCCGUUGAUUUCCCGGGAGACGUUGGUGUGUUUUCUCCACUGAUUCUGAAUCAUAUGAUUCUCAAACCAGGGGAGUGCUGCUACUAUGCUGCUGAAGAGCUGCACGCCUAUCUUAGCGGAGAAUGCGUUGAAUGUGUUGGUUGCUCAAACAACACAAUUCGAGCUGCAAUGACUCCCAAGUUCAUUGACAGGGACGCAUUGUGCGAGGUGCUGAAUUACCGUAUGACGCCACCAGAAGACUAUCUCGUACCAGCCAUUCCUCUAACCGAUUAUCCCGGAGUUGAUGAGUACUCACCAGACUGCAAAGAUUUCCAACUGCACAGGAUACGG